AAGAAACUGAAGAAGGCAGGCGGAAAAGAAACACAAACAGUGGGGAGAGAAAAUGAGAGAGAAGAUGCUGAGAUCAGAACCCGUUAGAGAAGAUAAAGUUGGGCUCUGAAGCCUGCAGUGAUGAAGGUGCUGCUGUUCCUGGUGUUCGGUGCCCAUCUGGCAGCAGCAGUCACACACACUGUGAAAUUCUUCUACACUGCAGUCACACCAGGAAUAAAUUUCCCAGAAUUCACAGCUUUCAAUCAGGUGGAUGGAGUGCAGUCUGAGUACUAUGACAGCAACAUCAGACGUCUGAUCCCAAAGACAGAGUGGAUGAAGAAGAUUGAUGCUGAUAUUCCAGAUUACUGGGACAGAUACACACAGAUGCUGCAGCGUACUGAGGAGGCCUUCAGAGUCAGUGUGGCUACAGCAAUGCAGCGCUUUAAUCACACUGGAGGAGUUCACACAUUACAGAGGAUGUACGGCUGUGAGCUGGAUGAUGACGGCACCAUUAGAGGAUACUAUCAGGACGGUUAUGAUGGAGAAGAUUUCAUCAGUUUUGAUCUGAAAACUCUCACCUACACUGCAGCUAAACCUCAAGCUGUGAUCACCAAACGCAAGUGGGAUAAUAUUCCUGGUGCUACUGCGGGCUGGAAGAACUACCUGGAGAACGAGUGUAUCGACUGGUUAAAGAGACACGUGUCUUACGGCAGAGAGACUCUGGAGAGGAAAGUUCGUCCCAAGGCGUCAGUGUUCCACAAACACACUCCUUCUCCAGAGGUGGUGUGUCACGCUACAGGUUUCUUCCCCAAAGCAGUGAUGAUCACCUGGCAGAAGGACGGAGAGGACCUGAUUGAGGACGUGGAGCUCACAGAGACGUUACCCAACCAGGAUGGAAGCUUCCAGAAGAGGAGCAUUCUGAAAGUCCCAGCUGAGGAGCUGCAGAAACACAAAUACACCUGCGUGGUUCAGCACAGCAGCUUGGAGACGGAGUUAGUGCUGCCUGUGAGCGAGCGGCGAAUCCUGACAGGUGGAGGAUCAGGUGGAGGGCAGAUUGGUGUCAUCAUUGGUGUCGUUGUGGCCGUCAUCGCUCUCAUCGCUGUUGGAAUUUUCAUCUGGAAGAAGAGGAACUCUGACUUCAGUCCUGUUUCCCAAGAUUCAUCUCGCUCCUCUGAAGAAGUUUUACCUCCAACAACAAAGAAAGUGUGACUCUUCCUGCUGGAGUGAGAGAGAGAGAGGAGGAGAUGGAGAUGAGGAACACACACACACACACACACACACACACACACACAUUACUCCAGUGGGUAAUCUGCUCUCGGUGUGGGAUUUUCUCCCUGUGUUUCCAUGGACGGAUUUUUAUUGUGAAUCUGUUAUUGCUGUAAAAUGGGAUUAUUAGAUUGUUCGGGUUUUUUCGGUGUAAAUUCUCAUAAUUUGUGUUUGGGUUAGAUGUGAGUGUGUAUGAGCUUCUUUCCUCUGUUCAUUUAUCCCCUGAUUUACUGCAGAAUUUAAUCCCGUCAUAACGUCAGGACACGACAGGUUUGAUUUCCGUCUUUGACCUUUUAAUCCAGUGCGAUUUUCCUCAGCAGCUGUUUGUGGAGCUGAUUUGUGCGUCUCAGACAGGAAGUGUGUGAAGCUUCAGAUGUGAUGCGUGUUGAACAGAUUUGACUAAAGUGUAAAAGAUGAGGAGUGACGCAGCAGAAGCAGGAGUUCAUGCUGGAUGAUCAGCGCUCAAAGCUUUUAUUUUCUCCACAAGUGGAAAACACAAAGCAGCUAAAUGACAUGGCACUGAUUCCAUUAUUGAUUAUUUAACUCCAUUUAAAGCAAAAACCAAUCCGUUCAACACGCUGACACAUCUGUACGACCCGAAUCUCUCCCACAAUCCCUCUGUUCUGUCUGUGGAACUGAGUGAAUAAUAAAGUGGAUUUUCUUCACUCUGAA